CUCGUCGAGAUCAAUGUAAGUCAGACUGCACAGAAGACCGCUCGUUUUGAUAAAAAAAAAAAAUAGGUUGUAGCUCUUUGUGUUGCCACGGUUAAAAAGAGGGAUGGUUUGCAAUGUGACAAACAUUCAAUUCGCGACAAUAAACAUAACGGAACACCUUGAAGUGUCAUCUUCAUGUGUGUAACAUCUGUACAUUCGGACGAGUCUCGUAUCUCCGGCCGCCGGACUUCCAUACUCCAAGGUGGACUUUUUGUCCCGCUGGACGCCCAGCAGCACCAGGUCAGGAGGAGGUAAGAAGAAAUGAACAUACUAGACUUCUAAAGUUCAGGUGAAUUCAAAAGUUUGGUCAUGUUCAAAGGUGACAGUUUUGAUUGAUGUGAUAAAUUGCAUUGCUCAUUGCAUUGUGUACCUAAUUCAAUGAAGGUGGUCAUCUUUAAUACAAAGUGAAAUAUUUUAUUUCAUCUUUUUAGUCAAUUUUAAAGGGUCACUGACAUGAGUUUUCAACUUUGCUUAAAUAUGUUAAAUAUUUUUUAUAAUUAUGUUCUAUGUUGUUGUUUUUUUAAAUCGAACUUUAAAUUAGUAAAAUCUACAUUUUUGAACCUGCCGUCCACCAUUUUGGGAAUCAUCUUCUUCGACUAAGGGCGUUUGCCAAGUGACGUCAGCGCAGUCAAACUUCACAAGUAAACAAACAUGAGAGAGUGGACGAGAUAGAAGAUGUUUAGUGAUUAUAGCAAAGAUUUGAGGGAUGUGUCGUUAGUUUUCAGAGAGGAAGAAACACGUGGAGAUGAACUAGAGAACUUGCAGAACAUGGGAUUAAGCCGUAUUGAUUAGAACCAAAGACGAUGGGAAUAUAUGUCUGAUGCUGAGGUGUUCGAUGACAAAGACAUGAGAUGAAGAUUGGUCGGCUUCAAACACAAAAUGGGAAGUGUAAAUGACCUUGGAGUUGCUUAUCCUUCAAAUAUCGUUUUAAAUCGGCUUCUUAAUUAAGGUAAAGGGCUUUUUUGAGCCUUUUUAUUGUUCAAGGAAAAAUUGCACUUUUUUGGAAUGUUGCCCUCCCCAAUUCGUAGUAAGACAUGAACACACGUCUUUCUCUUUUCUGUGUGUAACCCUUUAAGUACCUGACUGAGCAGGAAGGUCCACUUCUCUAUCAUCUGUAAAUCUACGAGUUCCAAAUGAUCUCAAAUCAAGACUUAGGGUUUCAGUGUCUUCAGAUUCAUAAGGAGGUUGUCAGUGACAUCUCUACAUAGCGAGAAUAAUACCUCCAAACACAAGAGACACCAAGAUUUAAAAAACAAUGCAGUAUAUAUUUUUUUCAAACGCAAGUCAACCCUAACAACCCAAGUCUGGAAGACGUGGACAUGAACAAGUCACAAGAAAAAAAGAAAAAGUCCCGUGUUAAGUUUGUCUUUCAAGUUCCACUGUCCUUUCAGCUAAAAGCAGCUGUGGUCAGUUUUCACCUUUGAUGUUCAAAGUGUUGAACUAUUCAUUUAGGGCUUAGAUGCAUCAGUUUUUAUAUUUUUUUUGUACAUUUUUUGAUUUGUACAAUUGUCUUUGUGUCAGGCCUGACAAAAAACGAGUGCUCUUAGAUCUCAGGUAAAAAGGGGAAGGAAACUCUCCUACUUCCUACCACCCUCCUGGGAAGAGGGGAAUAUCGGAGUUGAACUUGUCCAGUGAAGUCUUGUCAGACUGCAUCCAGUCCGUGGUUAGCACAGCUCUGAUCUUUGGAAUUUCAGUCCAACAACAACAAAAAAAAAAACAGCCAGGAUUUUCAAAACAUUAAGAAACACCGAACACCGCUACGUAAAAAACAUUUGUUCUAUGGAGCAAACGUGCCAAAGUGCUGAAAUCAAUGCACAGAGUGAACUCUCUUCUUACCUGUUUGGAUGGGGGGAGGAAGAAAACAGACACAAAAAUCUAUGGCCUUCAUUUUCAUUGAUUGUGUGAUCAAUGAAUGUAUUUAUCAUCCCAGGCCUGGCGCCUAAGAGACAGUUGUUUUCUGAACGAGAGAUCUUGUGACACGAGGUCUUGUGACACCCCUAGUUGUCAGCAACAGGACCACAAAACCACAAAAACAAUAUGUCACACCUCAUCUUGAAACUUGUUUUUACAACCAUAAUUGGACACCACAGUAGAAGCAUGUGAUUUCUCCCAGCCAAUCAGAACAAACAUAAAUAACCAUCAAAUCUUACUCUUCAAAAAGAAUGGCAAACAAAUGAUAUAAUACUUCCAUGUCACAUACAGUUGAAGCUGCUUGCCUCAACACCCCUCAGACUGGCUGACUGAAGACGACAUAAGCGGUUCCGCUGCGCUCAUUUCCUUUUGAGUCUGGACUCCAACGACAAAGAUUUCGUACCUGCACCAAUCUUAGUGCAGGUACGAAAUCUUUGUCGUUGGAGUCAAGACAAAUGGAGUGCACUACUUGGCUGCACCCAGCAGAGGCGCUGUUGAGUCAGCCCCAACUAGAUUACUGUCUAAAGCAAGAGCACUUAUCCGACUUGAACCAAAUCUAUUGGAGACGCUGUAAUGUCAAACCAAGUUUAAUCCGGAUCUGCUCUGGAUCGCACCUUGUAGUUUGUAGUUGUAGCUUGUAGUUUGCAGGACUAAUCUAAGAGUUUUGUGUGUUAGUGCGUGCAGGCGUGUGUGUCAGUUUCACACAGGUGAGGGAGAUGGAGAUCGAGUGCCUCCAGAAGAAGAACGUGGCGAUGGCCAAGCUCAGAGAAGAGAUCGAGAAGAAGCAGAAGAGCCUCAGGAUGGAGUGCGAGGCGUUUGAGAAGCAGAGAGCACGGAAUCUGGCUCACUUUGAGGACUACAAGAAAGAAGAAACCAGGAAGCUGCAGAGGGAACGCAAACUGUUUGAGAAACACGCCACGGCCGUGCGAGCCACGCCCAACAGGAAAGAACGAACGGAGAUCCAGGUGCUGAAGGAGCAGCUGAGCUCCCUGCAGGAGGAGCUGAGGAAGGAGGAGAGCAGCUGGUUGUGCACGUACACUCGCCUUCUCCAUCAGAUUGGCUCUCUCAGCCAGGAGAAUCUCGAGCUGAAGGACCAACGGCUUCGUGUCAUAUCCUUGCUAAAGACGUCUUUGGAAGCAGAGAGCAACACUAAAUAUGUGUCUUCUGUUAGCAAAGGAGACAAACUGGCUAGUCCUCUGGACUCCAGAGGGAGCGUCGCCCCUCCAAGCUGCAGUACUGCAGCGGCCGCUAGAGGGAGCUCCAAGGACAGCAGGCAUCCUGACCACGAGCCCAAAGCAAUGGAGAACAGUCUAAGAAAGCCUUCCGAGGCAGGCCCCUCAUCAUCGUCAUCAUCACAGAGGUCUGCCAAACAGAACGUGUCCACCAGCCAGCCUAUUCCAGCACAUUCACAUAGCUGCUCCCCGCCAAGAGCCGUGAGGCCAAGUAAACCAACCAAAUGCAGCGAGGAAGAAGAUGCUCAGGAGGUCAUCAUGUAUCCUGAUGGCGAGGUGGAGAAGUUCCUGGCCAGCGGUGCUUACAUCGGCAUCUUCCCCGACGGGACCAGGACCAAGCUUUCAUCGGACGGCGCCACGCUCACAAUCGCUUUUGACAACGGCGACACCCUUGAUUUAACGCCCGACCACAGAGUGAUCUACAACUACGCAGACAUCCAGACGACGCACAUCAUCUACCCAGACGGCGUGGAGGUGCUGCACUUCCCCAACAACUACACAGAGAGGCACUUCCCAGACGGCCACAAGGAGGUCUGGGAUGCGGACGAGACGCUGACCAACGUUUUCCCCGACGGCAGCAAGGAGAGCGUGCUGAAGGACGGCACCGUCAUGCACGUGAAACCUGUCACAGUGCCCUCUACUGGUCAAGCUGCAAAUUUAUCUGCAAAUGCAAACACAACAGCCUCCACCUCCUCUCAGCCAACGCUCGCCAAAAAGACAGUUUUGUCUCCAGGUAUGUUGACGUAUUACGACUUGUACGUAACUUACAAAUAACGUGUGUUAACGGGUGUCAACGAUUGCCUAACUUACUUCCCACGGAUGCGGGACGUAUGAAUCAUACGUUGACAAAAGGAGUAGGAAGAAACAAAGCUUAUUUAAUCCUAACCCCCCCCCCGUUUCACAUCUGUUGCUGUACCUUUAUUCACUUCCUGUAUGUCAUGUGAUCUUUUUAAUACAUAGAAAAGGGAAAUGUAACACUAUGGCCAUAUAAUUGUCAAAGUUUUUCCACAAUCACAACCAAUAACAAUCAAUAUAAUAUGUAAAUAAAAACAAACAUAACAAAUUCAAGACUCUUCUUCCUUGUGUUUAGCAAACAUCAACUGCUUGUACUGUUUCUUCAUAUCGCUCAUCUUGGUGCUUUGAGUUGCUUGCUCAGUCCCUUCCAUAAUUUCAUUCCACAUACUGAGAUGCUGUGGGCGUGUGUGUGGGGGUGUGUAGCGUAGCAUUACGCACGUUCUCGCGUCAGGUUGUGUUUUAAGAGGUACCAUACUUGCCGUGGAAAAAGCCGAAUGGAAAUUUUUGGCCGCAUUUUGUGUGUACGCAAGAUUUAUAGGUGGGGCCACAGCCCCUCCCUUCACUCGCGUGUCCAGAACACGCAGUCGAUCACAGACCUGUGGCCUAGGGUGUCCUGCUGCCAAGUGCACCUGUGGACAUCCUUAUGUUGGACCAUGGUGUUUGUGGUGGAUAAACUGGUUCGCACAGAAGUCCAAUAACAUCACAGCGCACAGGUUCAGGUCGGGGAGGCCGUUCCUCCCAAUCACACCCCUCCAGGUCACGCGCUGAAGUCUCCCAGUAGAACCACGGAGUCACCAACUGGAGUGCUCUCCAGCACCCCUCUGAUGGACUCCAAGAAGGCUUGGUACUCUGAACUGCCGUUUGGCACGUACACACAAACGACAGUCAGGACCUUUUCUCCAACCAGAAGGCGUAGGGAAAGACCAGGUGAAGACCAGGUCACCCGGGCGCCCGUCUCCCAAACCACGUUGCAGCGGACCCUGAUGCUAUCCCCCGCAGUCGGUGGGUCUACGGGGGCUGGAAAUCCCAUGUGGCUUCUUUGGACUAGACCCCACUGGUGAAAGCCCGACCACCAGGCGCUCACCUGCGAGCCCCUCCCCCGGGUGAGGCCCGAGUAUCCCACAUCCGGGAAAGGUGCAGUCCGUCUUGUUUUUCUUCAUUGCGUCUUCUGAUCCUCCAACCCUGCGUACAUCAGCAUGAGACAGACGCCAUUUAUUGUUUGACUUCCCUGAUUCUGACUGCUUGGAGGAAGUCUGGCGUAGCGCAUCAAAGACGAGCUAUGUUGGUGGGGCACCCUCCUUUGCAUGAUAUCAAUGUGUUGCAAAUGUUGCACUGAGCCCACCAUGGUUGGUGUUGGAGAAAUGUAUAUAAAUGUUAUCAUAUAUUUGUCUUAAAGAAUGUAUCUUCCUUUGUUUGAACCACUAUAACCUCUGUAUGUGUGUGUGUCUGAGCAGUAAAGUUUUAUGGGGCUACGGAGAAGAAGAUGAAGGAACUCCUUCCUUAGUCAUGAUU